AUGGCCGUCUUCAAGAAGCUCUCGGUGGGCGCGGUGUUCUCAGUUCCGGCGCUACAGGAACCCAGUUGCCGUUGGAGAGCAAUUCUGGCCGAGAUGAAGGCCUUCAUGAAGCUACCGAGGAACCCUAUGGCCUCGAACCCUGUGCCACGGGAUCUCAAGUGCCUUUGGAGAGCAAUACUGACCAUAAAGCGCGUGUGGGACAACAUCAAGACCUUCGCGAAGACCGGGAGAUGCCAGAAGUUCGCCUACAGCAGUCUCAGCAGGCAGCCCGCCGCCUUGAUAAACCGCAAGACUAUGUUCCUCGAUUCUAUACCACCUGACGUUGGUAAGCCCAGUUACCCAGAUCGUCACCGGGUGGUAAAGGGAAGUACUGCGGGGACGUUUGGCCCGAAACCUAAGACCGCCAUCCAAACUGCCAAAAAGAGGGCCAGGGACCGCGAGAAGCAAAUCAGAGAGAGGCGGGAGAAACUCGAGGCGCAAGUGAACGAAAUCUUCCCGCACGAGUCCGAGGAUUUCAAGGAGCGGCACAUUGAAGCUGGCCUGGCCGAGUUGCGAAAGAAACAUGCGAGAAACGAUGAAAAGCGGGAGGCAGAGAAGGCACAAGGUCUUCUGACCGUCAAAUUUAUCGAAGACAGCGAAGGUGCCGAAGGCGACCCGAUCGACGGGCAGCCAGCACCUGGUCCGAAGGGGAAGAGUCGUGGGAUGCCCGUGGCGAAGGCCCUCGAGCCAGGUGCCACUAUCACACUAUUUGUCGUGUACAAGAGUGAGCCCUUCAAGAAGGGUAAGAAGUUUGGCGACUACAGACUGAAUCGCAUGGAGGAUCAAUUUUUCAGAAAGGAAGACGCCAACAAGCACGCCGAGGCCGUCCUCAGGAAUGACCGGUACGAUAAUUCGCACCUCGUCUCCAUCCAGUUUCGUGUCGGUCCCGAAGACGGCCUGUUCUUCGGGACCAAGGAGCUGGCCGACGGGAAGCUGGUCAUGUGCAUGGUGCAGAAGGAGAGGCAGAUGUCCAGCGACCUGGACCUCCGCGAUGUUUUCGUGCGCAAGGAGCUCAAGCAGAUAUAUUGCCCACGAUACGACGUGUUUCACACACAUGUAAUUCCAAAGGUUUUCCUCGAGAGCGAGGAGGCCAGUAUUGACGAGGACAAGGAGAAGAAGUCGAAGACGAAGUCGAAGACGAAGACACCCACUCCAGAUGUGGGAGAGGGCGGACCAGAGCCAGGCGAGAAUGAGCACGGGGAUGGAGACACUGAUAGCCUUUUCUCUGGUCCUCCGGUACCCGAGACAGAGUCUGAGGAUGAGAGCGACGCCGAAUCCAUGGCCACAAGCGCCACACUGGAGCCCUCGCAGCCCGGCGGCAACAUGGGAUCGCUCUCCUGGAACGAUGUCGACUACGUGCACGAGCACGUGGGCAGCUUCACUACCCUGGAGCUCGCGAACAAGAAGGCCAUCAAGGUGGCUCUUGAGCGCUGGCAGCCGAAGGAUGCCCGAUUGGACUCAUGGCUCCACUAUAGGGACGCCAUCAAGCCGAGCCUCGAUGAGAUGUGGGCCCAGGACCUGGACGUGGAGAAGGCCGAGCUCGAGUUCGAGGUCCCGGAGUUUGAGGGUCAUGUCAACGAUAGACCGUGGCGCUUCAUCUAUUCCAUGGUAUACGUGAGGGAGACGAGGCUGGAGGGACCAAGGGAUAUCGGCAACUACAUCGUGACGGGCAAUGGUGAGGACGACGGUGAGGAGAGCGGCGGGGAGGACGAGGACGGCGAGGAUGAUUGA